AUGGCCAUGGCCGGGCAGACUCUGUCUGUGCAUGUGAGGCUGCCUAAGCGCCUGCGCCACGUCCCCUUCGGGCUACAUGUCUAUGGUGCUGCCGCAUUGGAGCAGACAAGUUGGGACGCCCCUUUGGAAGCGGCGGCAACUGAUGGGUUCGGCCUCAUCUUCGAGGUGGCGCUGGCCUUCGCAGAGAAGGAUGGCAAGAUGGCCCUCGGCCUCAUUCUCCACAAUGGGGAUGACAAGAAGAGCAGCGUGGAGUUGACCUGGGCGGAGCUGGCCAGGUUCGCCGUGAAGGGCGUGAUCUACAUGGGCCACGGCCCUUGCAGCGAGAAGUGCCCGGCACAGGUGCCGGAGGGUGAUUUGCAUGAGCUGGGGGCGCGCGGGCACUGGGUCAGCCCUUCGCUGCUGCUUUGGCGCACCGCAGCGGACUUGCCUGCCAAUGCCCGGGUGACGCUGCACGCGAAGGACGUGAAGGAGACCAAGGAUGGCUUGACUUCCGGCGAGGAGUUCCUGCUGGAGCCCACGUUGGUCGAGGGGGAGGAUGCCAAGGUCUUCCAGGAGAAUCCGUACCUCGAGGGCUGCGGUUGCUUGAAGGUGCCGCCCGAAGCCGCGGCCCGGGCGGCGGAGCUGUGCAAGCAGCAGCUGGCGGUGUGCGUGGCAGCGGAGGAGGGGGUCUUCGACUGCAGCGGGGUCCAAGUGGGGGCGCUGCUGGACGCGUUGUUCGCCUACGACGGGCCCCUGGGGUGCCAGGUGAGUGAUGGGGUGGAGCUACGGCUUUGGGCGCCCACGGCGCUGUCGGUGGAGGUAAUGCUCUACGACAAGCCUCGCAAGGACGCGGGCACAAGCCACCCCAUGUCCCUGCAGGGGGAAGGCGUGUGGCUCCUGCAGGGACCCAAGAAGUGGUUGGGCAAGUACUACACCUACAAGGUGCAGGCAUACCACCCCACUACGGGCCGUGUGGAGGUGAUGGAGACCCCAGACCCCUACUGCUCAGCCUGCUCCGCUGAUGCCGGACGAUCCUUGAUUUGCGAGCUGCCGCCGAUGCCGCAGCAGCCGGCCAUGCCACCCUUCCGGCACCGAGCCAAGGCGACGAUCUACGAACUCCAUGUUCGGGAUUUCAGUGCCCGGGAUAGCAGCGUGGACAAGGCCGUGCGUGGGAAGUACCUGGCCUUCGAGAAGCAGGGCAGCCACGGGGACCGGCACCUGCGGAAGUUGGCGGCUGCGGGGCUGAGCCACGUGCACCUGCUGCCCACCUUCGACUUCGGCUCGGUGCCCGAGCGCGCAGAGGACCGCAAGGAGCCGGAGCUGCCCCUCAAGGCUGGGCCAGACUCCGAGGGUCAACAACUGGCGGUGAUGGAGUUGGCAGACCAGGAUGCCUUCAAUUGGGGCUACGACCCGGUGCUCUACGGGGUGCCGGAGGGUUCCUACGCCACAGACCCAGAUGGCCUGGCGCGGGUCUUGGAGCACCGACGCAUGGUCACGGCGCUCCACGGCAAAGGCCUGCGGGUCAUCGCGGACGUGGUCUUCAACCACGUCUUCGGCGGCGGCCCCGUGGGCCCUCACUCCAUCUUGGACAAGUGCGUGCCCGGCUACUACUUGAGACGAAGCGAAGAUGGACGUGUGGAGAACUCAACUUGCAUGAACAACACGGCCACGGAGCGGUACAUGAUGGAGCGCCACGUGGUGGACAUGGUACUGCGCUGGGCGACAGAGCACCGCAUGGACGGGUUCCGCUUCGAUCUCAUGGGCCAUUUGACCCUGAGGUGCAUCCAGAAGUGCCGUGCCGCGCUGGACGCGCUGAGCCUGGAACAGCACGGCAUCGAUGGGCCCAGGCUGCUGCUCUACGGUGAGGGCUGGGAGUUCGGGGAGAUCGCGCAGGGGGCGCGGGGGGACACGGCGUGCCAGCGCCUGCUGGCGGGCACCGGCAUCGCCUCCUUCAACGACAACCUCCGGGAGGCGCUGCUGGGUGGCAACGCCUUCGAGGACCCGCGCCUCCAAGGCUUCGCCACGGGCCUUGGCCUGCGCCCGGGCUUCGAGGUGGCGGGGGAUGCGGAGGAGUUGCUGCGCAUCAGCGCAGACAACAUCCGAGUCUGCAUGGCGGCGGGGCUGACGGACUACAAAUUGGAGCAGGACUGUUUUGGGCGUCGAGGCUUGCCAGCCUGCCAACUUCAUGGGGGCCGAGCUGCGUACGUCUCCGCGCCAGAGGAGGUCAUCAACUUUGUUUGCGUCCACGACAACGAGACGCUCUACGACAGCACGGUGUGGAAGAUGCCGGUCUCCAACACCAGCCCGGAGGAGCGUGUGCGGGCGAACUGGCUGUGCACGGCCUUCCUGGCCUUUGGCCACGGGGUGCCUUUGUUCCACGCCGGGGACGAGCUCCUGAGGUCUAAGUCCCUGGACCGGGACAGCUACAACAGCGGGGACUGGUUCAAUCAGCUGGACUUUACUGGUCAGCAGAGCGGGUUCGGCAUUGGCCUGCCCUGCUGGAACAAGAACGGGACCAAGUGGGAGCUCAUGAGGCCUUUGCUGAAGGACGCCUCGCUGCGGCCCAGCUGCGACCAGGUGGCCGCCAGCACGGCCAAGUUCUGCGAGCUGCUGGCGGUGCGGAAGUCCACGGCCCUGCUGGGCCUCACGGAGGCCGUGGACAUCAUCGAGAAGGUGAAGUUCCCCCCGUCGGAGCCCGGGGUCAUCAUCAUGGAGGUGAAAAACGGCCCCUCCGCGGCCGACGGGCAGGCGCAGAUCUGCUCCAAGUACGCGCGGGUGGUGGUGGUGUUGUCCGCCCUCUCCCAGGAGCUGAGAGUGAUGCCACCCGCAAGCGCCACGGAGGGAAUGCUUCGUUUGCAUCCGCUGCAUGCGAGCUCCAGCGACGAGCUGACGCGCAUGGCCUACGCAGACGAGGAGACCGAGGAGCUGGUGGUGCCGGCCAUGACGGCGGUGGCCUUUGUUGAGCCGCUCCCCGGGCAGGAGGGGCACAAGGCCAAGAAGCGCAAGCUGGCCUUCGCGCCCUCCCUGCGGGACCGGCCCAUCGUGGGGGACGGCCUCGGACUGCUAAAGGUGGAUGAGGCCUGUGUGCCCUUCAAGGCCCAUUUCGAGUACCGCUGGAAGGUGUACACCGACCUUCGCCAGAGCAUCAAAGAGACCGCAGGCUCGCUGACGGACUUCGCAACAGGCUACACCCGGCUGGGAUUCACCAAGGACGACACAGGGGCGAUCACGUACCGCGAGUGGCUCCCGCCGGCGCAGUCCGUGUCCUUGGUGGGAGACUUCAACCAGUGGAAUGAAGCCGCCACGCCUAUGGUCCGAGAUGCGUUUGGAACUUGGGAGGUGACCCUGCCAGCUGGAGCCAUCGCACAUCGCUCCAAGGUGAAGUUUUGUGCCACGAAGGACGACGGAUCCAAGGUCUACCGCGUGCCUGCCUGGAUCAAGUGGUCUUGCCCCGACCUGGGCAAGUUCGGGUCCACCUACGACGGCUACUACUGGGACCCCCCCGGGGACGGGGAGGACCUGCGCUUCCCGGGCUUCCAGGCGCCCAGGCCCCCGGUGCCCCGCACCCUGCGCAUCUACGAGGCCCAUGUGGGUAUGUCCUCGAUAGAGCCCAAGGUUAACAGCUAUGCAGAGUUCGCAGAGGAGGUCUUGCCCCGGAUCAAGGAGGCGGGGUACAAUUGCAUUCAGCUCAUGGCCAUCAUGGAGCACUCGUACUACGGGUCCUUCGGGUACCACGUGACGAGCCCCUUCGCGGUGUCCUCGCGCUCAGGGACCCCCGACGAGUUCAAGGCACUGGUGGAGCAGGCCCACGCCAUGGGCAUGCUGGUGCUGAUUGACUUGGUGCACUCCCACGUGUCCAGCAACCAGGACGACGGUUUGAACGGCAUGGACUUUGGGCAGGCGGAGUGCGACAACUACUUCAUGUCGGGCGAGCGGGGCUACCACCGGCUUUGGGACUCCAGAUUGUACUGCUAUAAGAACUACGAGGUGCUGAGAUACUUGCUUUCGAACCUGCGGUGGUGGCUGGAGGAGUACAACUGCGAUGGGUUCCGAUUCGAUGGUGUGACUUCCAUGUUGUAUCACCAUCAUGGCCUGUACAUGAGCUUCACAGGCAAUUACGAAGAGUAUUUCGGCCUGCAGACCGACGUCGAUGCCGUGGUAUACUUGAUGUUGGCCAGCGAGCUUGUCAGAAGCGUUCUGCCAGAUGCAGUGAUGAUAGCUGAAGACGUCUCGGGGAUGCCCGGUCUUUGCAGACCUGUUGCUGAAGGUGGCAUUGGCUUCGACUACCGGUUAGCCAUGUCCUUGCCGGACAUGUGGAUCUCAUUGCUGAAGGAUGUGAAGGAUGAGCACUGGGGCAUGAACCAGAUCGUCUCGGCCAUGUGCAACCGACGUCGUGGGCAAGAGAAGACCAUUGCCUACGCUGAGAGCCACGAUCAAUCUAUUGUCGGCGACAAGACGAUUGCAUUUUGGCUUAUGGACGCAGAGAUGUACACGGGCAUGGGCGAUGACGGAACUCCGGGCACGGUGGUUAUCGAGCGCGGCAUGUCACUGCACAGGCUUAUUCGAGCCAUCACCAUCGGCCUGGGAGGUGAAGGCUACCUCAACUUUAUGGGCAACGAGUUCGGGCACCCCGAGUGGGUGGACUUCCCCCGUGAAGGAAACAGCUGGUGCUUUGCACACUGCCGGCGCCGAUUUGAUCUGGCAGACAGUGGACUUCUGCGGUACAGAUUCCUGCUGAAAUGGGAUGUGGCGUUGCAUGCGCUCGAGGAGGCAAGCGGCUUCGCCAGCGAUGAACACCUUUUAGUGUCCAGCCAGCACGAGGAGGACAAGGUGCUCGUCUUCGAGCGAGGAAAUCUGCUCUUCGUGGCAAACUUGCAUCCAUGCAACGACUACGCGGAGUACAAAGUGGGGGUCCGGGAGCACGGGAGGUACAAGCUUUGUCUUGACUCGGACGCCUUCGACUUCCGUGGACGAGGUCGAACUGUCCACGACUGGGUCUACUUCUCGGAGCCGGAGGGCGUGCCUGGCGGGCCCGGGAACUUUAACGACCGAUGCGCCUCUAUCACCUUGCAGGUGGUGCCCUCUCGAAGCUUCACGGUCUACGAGAGGCUGCUGGAGGGUGCCCAGAAGGCUGGCCUGGACACCCCCAUGGCGCAGGCUGUGCGAGGAGCCCUGGACAAGCAAGAGGCCGCAGUGGAGAAGCGGCGGGAAAUGUCCGACCGUGUCACCGGCGCAUAA